AUGACGUCCCCAUCUCAGACAUCCGUCUUCCACCCCGAGCACCACGCUCACCUAAUUCCUUACAUGGCCGCCAUCUACGCCUCAGGCAUCAACAUCGACCGCACCACCGCCAUCGGCCCCUUUUUACCUCCCCUGUCCCUCGAACGCCUCCUGAUCUGGUGGAAAGACCGGAUAGCAGAGCAUCAAGCCCGGACCCGCAUCAUCAUCCUGCUGCUGCCUCCGUCCGAGAAUGCAAACCAGAAGCCAAAGGGCGAGGACCUCCGCGGGAUAGCCAUGGUCGAGCUUGAUCAGUCGCAAGCUGGUGAUUUCCGAGGUGUCAUCGACCUGCUGAUUGUUGGCCAAAAGUUCAGGAGGCAAGGAGGGGGGAGGAGUUUGAUUCAAGCGUGCGAGUAUGAGAGCGCGAGGAAGGGGAGGUCGCUGUUGACGGCGAAAACAGAGACAGAUUCCGCCUCCGAGCUGGCAUUCAAGAGCUGCGGCUACGUCGAGGUGGGCAAAAUUCCAAACUUUAGCAGGACCAGCGUUGAUGCGGCCACGAAGAGGGGGGUUACCCUCUUCUAUAAGGAGAUUUUACUCCAGACCCAGCAAAGCCGGACGACUGCGGGUGCCUAA